AAGGGUUCCGAUGGCCGUUGAGGCGCAGGGUCUGGUCACCUUUGAGGACGUGGCUGUCUACUUCUCCCGGGAGGAGUGGAGUCUCCUUAAUUCCAUCCAGAGGAGCCUGUACCGUGAUGUGAUGUUGGAGAACUUUGCACUCAUUGUCUCGCUGGGAUUUGUACCUUCGAGGUCCUAUGUGGUGGCCCAGCUGGAGGGUAAAGAAGAGCCCUGCGUGCCCAGUAUGGUGGAUGUGACUCUGGUCAGCAGAACAGGCGCCAGGAGGGGUCCUGGUCUUGGUUGUCCCUGUAGACUGAACGAUGGGGAGGCCCCUCCUCAACAGGUGAAGACCUGCAGGGUCCACCUGUCAGAGAAGCACCUUCUGUGUGGGGAAUCUGGGAAGGACGUCCCUGCCUUGUUAGGCCACCUCCAGCACCAGGCCACCCACAAUGAGGGGAAGCCACGCAGGAGCACGGGCCACCAGGAGCCUUUCCCUCCUAGCUCUGGUCGCCAGCAGCAGCAGGGAGUCUAUGCUUCACAGAAGCUCUUCAAGUGCAGCAGCUGUGGGAAAGCCUUCCUGAAGGCCUUCACGCUCCUUGACCACCUGGUAACUCACUGUAAAGAGAGACCCUUUAGAUGCCCAAAAGGUGGAAAUGCCCCCAAGGAGAACUCAACCCUGGUUAAUCACCGAAAAAUUCACACUGGAGAAACAUCCCAUGUGUGUAACGAGUGUGGAAAGGCCUUUAGUUACCCAUCUAAACUGAGGAAGCAUCAGAAGGUUCACACGGGCAUAAAGCCUUUCAAGUGUGGUGAAUGCGGGAGGACCUUCAACCGCAAAGACGCCCUCGUCCUACACCAGAGAAUUCACACUGGAGAAAGGCCCUACGCCUGCAGCGAAUGUGGCAAAGCCUUCAGUGUUCUGUCCACCCUCAUCCGGCACCGGAAAGUUCACAUUGGAGGCAGGCCCUACGAGUGCCAGGAGUGUGGGAGGUUCUUUAAAUACAACCAGAGCUUCAUUCUCCACCAGAGAGUUCACACUGGAGAAAAGCCCUACGAGUGCAAGCAGUGUGGGAAAGCGUAUGUGACCCGCUCCGGCCUGUACCAGCACUGGAAAGUCCACACUGGAGAACGGCCCUAUGAGUGCAGCCUGUGUGGGAAGACCUUCACCACCAGGUCCUACCGCAACCGGCACCAGCAGUUCCACACGGAGCAGAGGUCCUAUGAGUGUACAGAAUGCGGGAAAGCCUUCAAACACAGUUCUACUCUCCUUCAGCACAAGAAGGUCCACACUGCAGAAAGGUCGUAGGUGGACGGGAUGUGGGAAGGCCUUUUGCCAUAGCUGGCACCUUGCUCAACAUGAAAGACCUCUCUUCAGAAAGGAGAUUCAGGAGAGGAGCCAUUUGAAAGCUGAACCAGGGACACCCCAACACCCAGGCUGGGAGGGGUGCCAGGUAUGUGGGAAGCUUUCAGGAGCUGUGUUGCACUCUGACCAGGCUGUGGCAGAACUCAUCACACUUCUGCCAUCCGGCAGUCCCCAUGGUAUGCAUCCGUCACCCCAAUGUGCUCAGGGACAGCAGACCUCCAUGCUCCCUGUUCUCCAUGAGUGGUGGAGCCCAUGUUGGGCGUUAUAUCCCACUGACUGGUUUAGGUGUGGACACAACCUAGCUGUGGCCAACAGUAGCUAAGCAGUGUCCAGUCGGGGUGUCCAGGGAAGGUGAGCUGAUUUCAUGUACAUGGUUGACACUACAUGCUGCACCUGUUGUUGUGGGUUUACCCAACCCUGAAACUGUCACACGGCUCUGGAAUGCAUAGCAAUAAAGGCGUUGUCGUUGUCCCUGGCCAGUGUUGCUCAGUUGGUUGAGUGUCAUCCCCUGCAACCAGAGGUCGCUGAUUAGAUUCCUGGUCAGGGCACAUGCCUAGGUUGCAGGCUUG